CUUCUGCAAAUCUCAUCUUGAGCACAUCAUGAUAUUGCUCCCAGAAACUCUAUGUCGAGUGUUUAACUGAAAAGCCAGCCUAGCAACUACAACAAAGGAUAGAAAGUUUUUAAUAGAAAAUGUAGACUUAAAUCGGGAAUGAUCUUAGAUGUGCAAAGUACUAAAUGAUGAAGAAACUUCACACUUCUGUCUUGGACCAUCAUCCCCAAGAUCCUGCUGGUUUGAUCUCCCGAGAAGUUACCAAAUGAUAAUAACAAUAUCAUUAUUUUAUUCUUUCUUUUAUCAAAUAAUGAAAAAAAAAAAGGGCGCUUUUCAAGUAGGAAAAAAAAAUAUUCUCGUAAGAGUUAACUUGAUAACUGUGUGUGUGCUUGUUACAAUAAAAUUUAGCCUGUUGCGAUUUCUCUUUUUUUU